AUGUCUUCCUUAUUGCAGAACGAAUUAUUCUCUAAAUGGACCUUGGCGUUUGGCUCAGCAAGACACAAGCUUCUUGCUAUCAGGCGACAAGAAGGAAUCGAAGAAGUAAAACGAAAGGGAAUUAUUAUUGACAGAGAGAUAUCACGGAAAGCUUAUCUCAAGUUUUGUGAAGGAGAACCAAGAAUUUCUGUUAAACAUCGUUUGGUCGACGGAAAAAUUGAAGCUUACGAAAUGCCUCUCAACUCUCACUCAGCGGUACAAGGAGAAUUAAUUUAUAUUAUGAGAGGCUGGAGUGAUCAGUUGAGAGUCCAUGGUGAAUUAGAUGUUAUUGUGGAUACAAGAAGUGUCUAUCGUCCUGAUGCUUGUGUUCAACCAAGGAAUCGUCGACAACCUCAACCCUCACGAGCAGUCAAUUCAUCCGGAAAACCAUAUCCAACUCUAGUGGUGGAAAUCGGCAAUACAGAGAGUUUAAACAGUUUGCAUGAAUUAGCUACGAAAUAUUUUUCUCAGCGGACCACUAUUCAAAUUUAUUUAGCCAUCAAGUUAUUCCUAUCUGGUGCGCUUCUUGCACUGCUUUACUUACGUAACAAUUCAAAUCAAACAAUGCCCGUAAUUGUCAAGUCUUUCGGAACAGCGGAUCUUGCCAAUCUCUCACGAAAUUAUCUUCUAAAUACUGCACAUGUUCCAGCAAAUGUGAUCACUGGUGUCGGAUUUGGAGGGGUUCCUUGUGAUGGUCCCAAUAUUCCGGUAUAUCAAAUAGCUAUUCCUACUAUAUUACUUUUUAACGAUGUUCCUGGCGGUGUUCCUGGUGGUGUACCUAGUAACUUUAUAGUAGAUCUAUGGAGAUUACAAGAUGCAAUUCUGAAUGAUUAG